AUGAAACGUGAAUUAAUCUAUUUGUUUUUAGUUAAUUUUGCUUUCGUCGUUGUGACGCUGUACUAUACAUUCGAUGUAUUAACUUUAGCAGUGGAUGAUACAGUUAAAGAUUCAUUUAGGGACUAUGAAUUAAAUCCCGAUAAUUAUAGAAAUUUAUCUAAUGAUGAAUUACCGUCAUUUUUAACGCCCUCCAUGUUGAAUAAACCGCAAUUGAUCCCAAAAAUAAUACAUCAAACUUAUAAAACGAACGAUAUCCCAGAACAUUGGAAAGAAGGUCAACAAAGAUGUAAAGAUCUACAUCCAGAUUAUGAGUAUAUCUUAUGGACUGAUGCGAUGGCAGAAGACUUCAUUGCAGAAAACUAUUCAUGGUUUUUAGAGACUUUUAAAAAUUAUCAGUAUCCAAUAGAGAGAGCAGAUGCAAUCAGGUAUUUCAUUUUAUCUCAUUUUGGUGGUGUUUAUAUAGAUUUAGAUGAUGGUUGUCAAAGAAAAUUAGAUCCUUUACUAACAGCUCCUGCUUUCUUAAGAAAAACAUCUCCAACUGGUGUUUCAAAUGAUGUGAUGGGUUCGAUUCCAGGACAUCCUUUUUUCUUAAAAGUUAUUGAGAGUUUAAAAAAAUAUGAUAGAAAUUGGUUUGUUCCAUAUAUUACAAUAAUGUCUUCCACUGGUCCAUUAUUCAUAAGUAUGGUUUGGAAACAAUAUAAAAGGUCAAGUUUAUAUAAUAAGAAUUUGAAUUCAGUGGUGAAAAUUUUACAACCAGCUGAUUAUAAAAUGCAUAAAAAUUCAUUCUUCACAAUCGCAAAAGGUUCUUCGUGGCAUGCAGGCGAUGCUAAUUUUAUUAAAUCAUUAGCAGUUCAUAUUCUAGCAUGUGUUGUGGCAGGUUUUAUUUUGGCUUUUUCAAUUUUAUAUUCCGAAUAUUUAUUUUAUUGUUGGUUAUGUGCAACUAAUAGGAAAAAUAAUAAGUUUUCGAGAUUGCAAUCAAGAUAUAAUGAUAUUGAACAAAUACAAAUUGAAAAUUCAAUAUCUUCAAAAAAUAAAUUCUCAUUGAAAAGAAGUUUAAAAAAAUUAAGCAAUUUAAAAAUUGCAAGAAAAGACUCAAAUUUAAGCUAUUUGCCAAUAGCGAACUAA